UCACGGUACAUUGUAACAGUUGAUAAUACAUUGUAAUACAUCACGAUAUAUAUUGUAAUAGUUGCAAUACAUUGUAAUACAUUACAAUACAUCACAAUACAUUGUAAUAGUUGAUAAUACAUCACAGUACAUUGCAAUAGUUAAUAAUACAUUGUAAUACAUCACAAUACAUGGUUAUAGUUGAUAAUACAUUGUAAUACAUCACAAUACAUCGUAAUAGUUGACAAUACAAUUGCACUAAAUCACAGUACAUACUAAUAAUUGACACCAUAUUACAAUGCAUCAAAGUACAUCGUGAUAUCUGACAACACAUUGCAAUACAUCACAGUACAUCCUAAUGUAUCCUAAUAAUUGAUAGGAGAUUGCAAUGAGUUACAUUGCAUUGUAAUAGUUGACGAUACAAUGCAAUACAUCACAGUACAAGAUAAUAAUUGACACUACAUUACAAUGCAUCAAAAUACAUCGUAAUAGUCAACAAUACAUCACAAUACAUCAACAUACAUCACCACAAAAUGGCGUGCCUCGCUGAUCUGCUCUAGUUAUCACCCUUGCGUCAAAAUUCCCUCAGUUUGGAUACCGGAAACAUGGACACCAAGGUGAUAUUCAGUCGGAAACCCCCACGUGAACACAACGGGUACCAGGAGGACUACGGCAGCGACAAAGUGUACGACGGCGAGUACUCCGACGACGAUGAUGUGUUCGUCGAGGACCCCAUCCUUGACGGGUCCUCUGCCACGAAACCCCUCAUGCACCCCAGACAAAGAGCAAGGGUGAAAAGUCGGCGACCAGACUGCAAAUGUAGACUCCUCAUCCGGCCAAUUCUCUAUUUCCUGUUGCUAGUUGCCUCCCUUGGAGGACUCAUGGUUCUCAUAUUGUUCCUGGUGAACCGGUAUCAACACCGCUUCGAUUUUGUAACACAGAAGCUGAUUGGUGGAAAGGGUGCUGAGAGGAUGGCUGUGAUUGGCUGUGAUAACAUAGAGGUGGAGGAUGUUUGGGUGGUUGGGAUGCCCAAGAUGUUGACUGAAACUGCCUUCAGGAUGGUGGAGGUGAACCAGGAUGGAGUACUGGAUGUCAUCAUGGGAUUUGCCACAGGAGCUGACGGCUAUGGGAUACCGGACAUCGUGUGUGAUAUUUAUUUUAACGGUACGAAACCAUGUUUCGGCGGAUUACUCGCCCUUGACGGAAGGACGGGGAAGGAGCUAUGGCGGCAUUACGCUCAGCACGAGAUGUAUGGAGUCAACUGCAACGUAGACCUGAAUGGCGACGGUGUCCUUGACUGCCUGGGUGGAGGGAGAGCGGGGACGUUCCAGGCUAUCAGUGGAAAGGACGGACAGCUCUUGUGGGACUUCGGCGAGCAGGAAUCUCGGAACAGCAUUAUGAACUUGUACACCGCGCAGGUCGUCGCUGACCUCGACCAUGAUGGUGUAGUGGAUGUCCUGGCUGCCCACGGCGGCGACCCUCUGCAGGAUCCUGGGAGCGAGUAUCGCCUGACGGGCCGACUCAUCUUCUUCAGCGGCCGCACCGGUGAGGUCUUGCGGUGGGUGGGGGUGCCGGAUGAGAGGGAGACGUACUACUCACCCCAGGUGUACACACAGCUAGAUGGGACGCAGGUAGUGCUGUUUGGGACUGGAGGAGAGACACAUGCAGGGUCGCUGUGGAGGAUCACCCUCAACCAUCUAUACAAGGGCCAGGUGCACAAGGCUGUGCCAAUAUACUCUGAUGAAUAUAAGGGGGUCAUGACGCCGCCGGUGCUUAUAGACAUUACGGGGGAUGGCGUCCAGGACAUUGUCAUUUCCACCUUCAACUCCAGCACCAUCGCCUUCAACGGCCACGACUACACUCAGCUGUGGAACUACACCCUCCCUCUGUCGGAGUCGUACAGCACCCCGGCUGUCGGCUACUACAACGACGACGACGUGCCCGACUUCCUUGUAAAGUUUUCUCGUGGACCUGGGUUUCCUGUCUACUAUUACUCAGAGACUACAGUGGUGGACGGUAAGACAGGUGCCCCACUUCUGGACAAGCCAGUGAAGGACACAGUCGGAGCACAGGCCUCCUCCUUGACCAUCAGCCUUGAGGGGAGGGGCAACGACAUCUUCCUGUACUGGGUGGCCGACUGGGACCACGAGGGAGGGGGAGGGCAGUUCACCUUUUUAAAAGCAGGAUCAGCCUCAGCUGAAAUAUCUUCAGGCUGGUCUGGCUGGCUCCCAACUGCGUCUCCAACUAAAUCGUCUUCGUCCAAUGCAAAGUCUUCAACUUCUGCUCUAGCCUCAGUUGGCCUAUCAGCUAUAUCCGCAGCUGACACUGACGGCUCAGACGAUGGGAAAUAUAUGUCUGACUCGUCAUCCUCUGGUUCCUCGACUGGAACAGCAAGUCUCUUUGAUCUUCUUGGUUUCGGGAUAGGUCUCGGUGGCUCUGGUGCUAGUGAAUCCGGUACAGGGAGUGCACCAAUGGGAAGCGAGAGACAGCGUGUGGAACACUCGGCCUGGAUCAACACAAGUAAAGAGGCUCUGGACUUCAUUGCGUCUCAUCCAAACCUCAACAGCCAUUAUGACAAGUAUAUCUUGAAGGCUAAGGGCCUUUGGAAGCCAGAAGAUGACACCAUUACCAGUGACGACAGGAUGCCAUCACUUCCUGUCCAGACUAAAGAAUUCAUUUCCCCAGAUGCAAACUACCGCAAUGAACAGACAUCCAGCCGAAAGAAAGGAGCUCAAAUACCGACAAGACAGGAACUGAACAGAAAUGGACAGGUGCUCGGAUCCAGAGACAGGAUUGGUUUGGGAAGUCCAACUCGGAACGGGAACAGAGAUGACGGGAAUUCUAGAAAUGGCUACAUGUCAACGGGAGACAACUCUCCACGACGGAACCAAUAUGACACGGACUACUACCAGCUUCCGUAUGACUUAAACACGGACCCUCAGUAUCCGGGUUAUUACCAGAGAGAUGAUGAUGAUUAUGAUGAUACUGAUAGAUACCGUCAGGAUUACCCUAAAUAUAAGUUGUCUCAGAAGAGAUCUCACCCAGAGGAAAAAUUUCAUUUUAUGAGGAAGAAGCGAGAAGCUGAGAUAAAUGACAACGAUUUCAUGAAUGUUGAAAAAUUAAAAGAUUUAAAUGUAAAGCUCCUAAAUGAAAUUAAGAAGAGGGAGAUGGGAUACGAUAGACAUCGGGGACAGUACAUGAGAAGGAAGAAACGAAAUAGUAACAAAUUGAAAUCGCCCGACCAUUCAGAAAACCGGAGGCGGAAGAGACGCCAUGUUGGUCCACAUGAUGCAGAUGGCCUUCAGAGGCUGAUAUCAACGGGAACUGUUGCCCCGUCAACUUUACCACUUGAUCAUCCAGAUUAUAAUCAUACCAUGGAUUAUAUUUUUGCUACCUAUUGGUUUUACCCAGCGAAGACACAUGCAAUUUUACCCAAGGAUCAGAAAUGCAUAUCUAACCACAUGGCAAACGAGAAGAUUCGUUUUGAUCCAAAAAGUGAGUACUACGGUUUGGACCACGACAACUAUGAACGUGUAAUCACCCAAGACUGCAUUAAAAACAGCGGUCAUGAACUGCCUGAUGACGGUGUGUACGAGAGCCAGGGCGAUUACAACCCGCUGAACAUCCACAUGGGCCAGAUGACAGUGUAUAGGGUCCGUAUCAAAUGCACGUGUCAAAAUACAACCAUGUCAGAGCCCCAGAACAAGAACAAGAGAUGCUCUCAGAUGCUUCCAUACGACCAACAGGCGUGGCCGUCCUAUAUGGGGAGAUACGCUGAUAGCCACUGGAUGGGGAACUGAUGUAUCGUGCAAUUUCCACGUAACUAUCUCGGAUGAAAACAUGUCAAUACUACCAUACGGUGUCAG